AAAACUUUUUAAGUACCUACUAUAAGUUUGGUGGUUUUGUUUGAGAUAAAUUAAAAAUAAUAAAAUAUGGGCGCAUGCUGCUCCGGCGGUGGCUGGUGGAGCCGGUGGUGGUGUAGCUGGGACGGCGGAGUCCCUGGCUCAGCUGUGGGCGGAGGCGGCGGUGGCGUCGAGUGUGAGGCGAACGAGGAGACGCCGCUGCUGCCGGCUCCGCCGAGCCCGGGCCAGCAGCGGGCCCUACGCCUAAGGGCAGAGGAGCGGGGCCGGCGAGUGGAGGAGCGGGCCCGGACAGCCGCCCGCCUCCACCACAUGCGCCAGAGCGGGCGCGCGUUUCGGCCGCUCCACGAGCGCCCGCCCGAGCGCCGCCAGCUGAGCGACGCGGAGCUGCGGGAGCUGCAGGCGGCGUGGCGGCGCGCCGUGCAGUCGGCCGAACGCCGCCUUGCCGCGCAAAUAACCAAUAAAUUUUAAGAGCUUUAUACGAGUUGAAGUGUUUAAAUGCAGUAAUUAAACACUUCAACUCGUAUAAAGCUCUUUGAAAAAAAAAUAAAUGAACUUUUUUAAAAAUGUUUUUUUAAUGGCUUUUAACUCCUUGCAGCUAGGUAGGUAGGGCCAGUACGAACAAACUAGACGAGUACCUACCUAGUUUUCAAGUUAAUACAAGGUAUGAUUUGUAAUUAAAAUUUUUGACACCUUUUUGACACUACUCAUGACAAUACAUAAAAUAUAAAAUUUAGAAAAUUAAUAAGAGAAUGCACAUACCUACAUUAUAUAGUUAGGUAGAUAAAGAACUAGGAACUUAAUAGCCCCCUCUCACUCACUACAUACCUACUUAGGCUGGUUUUAGUGUCACGCGGACCGUCCGGUGCGGACCCGCUCCGCACGGCCAAUCUGUAUGAACUUCUAGGGAGCGUUUAGAGUAAUGCGGUCCGGAGGAACCGCUCCGCUCCCUAGCAGUUUAUAACAGAUCGACUGUGCGGAGCGAUCCGCACUGACAGUCCGCGUGACACUAAAACCAGCCUUAUGCCCGUUUUCACCAUCAGUCCCUAAUUUUUAAGUGACCUCUACGGUAACACAUAACAGGAGUUUUGAUACCAUAGGGGUCACUUAAAAAUUAGGAAUUGAUGGUGAAAACAGGCAUUAUCUAUCGGCAGUGCUAGUUUGUACUCGCGCGCAUAAAUCGUGUGUGCAGUGCAAGCCAACACCAUGGCAAUGCUUUCAUCGUGCAAGUGCUAAGUUAGUCCUAUUAACAGCGGCCGCGGGCAGUAGAUAUUUAGCGCAUGAAAUCAGUAUCUUUCUUAGCCUUCUACUCCCCAGUAAUGGGGGAGAGAAGGCUUUUCAAAAAUUUUGCUGUAGGUAGUAACAGAGGGUAGAGGAAUAAAUACUAUAUACAAUAUAUA